AUGGCCUACUCUCCUCCCCCGUCCCCCGGGGCCGGGCCCGCCUACCAUGGCAGCUUACUUUCACGCGGUCGUUCCACCAGCCCCUCCGGCGCAGCGGGACCUGUUUCAAAACGUGAUAAACGUCGCUCUGCCCUGCAAGAACGUCUUCAUGAUUUGACUGCUACUUUCAGCCAGAACCGCGAUGCCCAGUUCCGACAGCAGUUGCACUCAUUGCAAUGCGAUAUGACCCUUAUUAAUAACUCGAACCCCUACGAUGCUGGCCCGCUUCCUGAUUCCUCCGAGGAUGUUGCGCAGCUUAUCGAGGAGACUGUUGGUGGUGGCAAGUUUGCUAAAGAAAUGGCAAGCCUGUCCGGGACUUAUUAUGCCAAAUUCGUGCAUGAGGUGAACAAUGUCAAGGAGACGCGUGAUGCGGAUAUGGCUCGCAUUGUGGGCCGCCACGAAAAUAACCUCGAGCGACACCGGCGCGAAUAUGAAUUCCGAGUGCACUUUGCCAAGGAAGAGUUCAAUCAUUUGGCAGGAACUAUGCGCGAGCGUCUUAUGCAAAGCAUUUCGAGCAAGCGUUCUCGCCUGAUGCGUGAGAAGGAACAACUUGAUAUAGCGGACACCAAUGCGCUCCUCCUGCACCCCAACCAGUUCAGCAUCACCAACCCCGCGAGCCCCGGCGGAAUUCACAGCAACCGCAAGACCCGCCACACUCGGCACCGUGUGGAUAUCGAUGAAUUGGGCAAUGGAGGUGCUGCAGAAUUGAACAAGCGCAAGCGCAAGGCGCCGGAGGAAGAUGUUGGAUCACCCGUGCGGGACGCGGGUGGCACGACUCCGGCCGAGCGCACUAAGGCCUACCUCGCACAGCAGACUGCCCCAACAUACUCGAUCAAUUCAUUGUUCACCGAUAAGGAGCUCAGCGCCCACGCGAAUCAAGCGCAUGCCGCUGCCCUCCAUUUUUUCUCGACCUCGAAGCGCGCGGAGCAAGGCUCCGGUGCUAUUACCAACGGUAACAACACGGAUGCCGAAGAUAUGCCCGAUGGGACUCCUAUGGACGACAGUGGUACCCCCGCUGCUUCGGACAUGAUUCGCACUGCAAGCCACAACUUCCAUGUUACACGCUCGACUCGCACAACCGCUGCCCACAGUGCUCUCAGCGCCCUGGCCGAUCUGGCCGAUAAGCCUGCGACGCGCCCCGCUUUGCCUUACCAUGUCCUCUCCAACUACUCUGCACGUCCCAACGGCAAUGCUCCUCCUCUGACCUCCCUUUUGAACGAGGAGGUGGAUGACGAUCUUCUCCGUCUAGACCGUCUGACCUCGAAGCCAUCAGGCUGGAUCGACUCCUCUCUUAUCGAGGUUGUUGCCUCCGCGCCUCCCUCUGACUCCACGAAUGGCGCCCCACCCAAUCCUGAGCGCUUUUCUGCUUUGCACCCCGAUUUCCCGGUUUCUGUCGGUAUGCAGGUCCAGCCUGCACGACCCUGGGGCGGCGCCGAGAUGUUCCAGUCUGUGGGCAUGGAACGGGAACGCAGCAGCAAGCGCACCCGCAACCACUAA